AUGGCGGUUGACCUAAUGAGUUUCAGGAAGGUCGCCGAUCAGAUUGCGAUCCAAGAAGCAACCGCUCAAGGCCUGCAGAGCAUGGAGCACCUGAUCCGCGUCAUGUCUCGUCACCAACAGCAGUCCAAUAGCCACACAACCGCCGCCGAAUGUACGGAUCUCACGGAAGUCACCGUCUCCAGGUUCAAGAAGGUCAUCUCCCUCCUCAACCGCACCGGCCACGCCCGCUUCCGCCGCGCUCCCCUCCACCCUAAUUCCUCCUCUUCCUCCUCCUCCUCCGCCCCCGCUGCCGCCGGAUCGCCGCCGCUUUCGUCGUCCACGGCGCCUUCUCCACCUCAAUCGAUCGCGGGUUUGGGUUUAGGGUCAAUUAAUUGGGUUGGUUCGCGGGUUGGGCAAGAAUGGCUGACAGGGCGGGUAAGGCUGAGCUGGCGAGUCGGGUCGUCGUUUUUUAAUGUUUAA